AUGGACACAUUCGUCAAAACGGAUAUAAAAGUUAAAAAUAACAAACCCGACUUGAUAGUGAUAGAUAAGAAAAAAAGAGAUACUAACCAUAGAAGUUGGCAUAACUUCAUUAAAAACUUGAUACAGGUUGAAAGUGAGAAGCAAAGAAAAUAUGAUAUUUUUGCAAACGAAAUGACACUGUUAAGCGGAUUUAAGACGAUUAUUAUAUCAUAUGUACUAACUUGGGACGGUAUUGUUACAUAA